AUGCACAUAAACAAAUUUUUGGGAACUUUUGGACGCCAAUCGGUCAAGUAUUAUCCUGAGUCCGUUGCAGCGCAAAUAUCACCAGACUGCUCCUGGUGUCUUAUUCGCAUGCCCUGGUCCCGUAACAAUCGUGUGACUACUUUACAGGUAGGCUGCCAAACACAACUGUUUACGGGAAAUAGGCCACUUGAGCCCAAAUCUGGACCUACUACCCCCACUGAUUUUCUGAACAGAGAGCUGAUAAAGGCGCCUUCAAGCCAAAUGCAAACGGCACCCAACAGCUAUCUGCGUGCGAUGGGUCGCAAGCACACUGAGCCUGCGAUCCUAGCGUGA